AUGGCGGAACUGCUCUCGCGGGUCGACCUUGCAGAGCGCGGGGACGCUGCUGCCAACAUCUUGGGGUGCGUCUCAUCUCUCUUCCUUCUAACCAGGAACAUACACCCUUGCUCUAGUGCUGCAGAUAGUCUUGUGAAGCUUAUGUCCUCCUUGGGCGUAAACUUGACCAUACUCGACUGGCUGGCGUGA